AGCUCUAACGGUGCGGUACCAUGGUUAUGAAAGCCUCCGUAGAAGAUGAUGAUUCAGGCUGGGAACUCGGUAUGCCUGACAAGAUGGAAAAGAGUAAUACAAGCUGGAUAGAUAUAACCCAGGAUUUUGAAGAAGCUUGUAGAGAACUGAAGUUAGGAGAACUGCUUCAUGACAAGCUUUUUGGUCUUUUCGAAGCCAUGUCUGCCAUUGAAAUGAUGGAUCCCAAGAUGGAUGCUGGUAUGAUCGGAAACCAAGUUAAUAGAAAGGUUCUUAACUUCGAGCAAGCUAUUAAGGAUGGCACCAUUAAAAUAAAGGAUCUCACUUCACCUGAGCUGGUAGGAAUAAUGGAUACAUGUUUCUGUUGUUUGAUAACAUGGCUAGAGGGACAUUCCUUGGCACAGACGGUAUUCACUUGCCUUUAUAUUCAUAAUCCGGACUUCAUAGAAGAUCCUGCGAUGAAGGCUUUUGCUCUAGGGAUCCUAAAAAUCUGUGAUAUUGCCAGAGAAAAGGUUAACAAAGCAGCUGUUUUUGAGGAGGAAGAUUUUCAGUCAAUGACUUAUGGAUUUAAAAUGGCCAACAGUGUGACAGAUCUUAGAGUUACAGGUAUGCUGAAAGAUGUAGAAGAUGACAUGCAAAGACGAGUGAAGAGCACUCGAAGUCGACAGGGAGAAGAGAGAGAUCCUGAAGUUGAACUUGAA